AUGGCGUCCCGCCUUCUCUCACUCUUCGCCUUGGUCUCAGUCGCCAGUUGUCACGCCGUGGACGUUGCGCCACGGGCUGACAGCACGGACUCCUCAGGGAAAUAUGUCAAGUUUCCAGUAAUCCAUUCUACAAACCAGGACGUUUUCGCCGAUGUGUGGGCCAAACGUGAUGUCUGGUCGUCGAAGCGAGGUAUCCAGACGUUGCCGUUAGCCAAUCGUUCCGAUGUGGCUUACUAUGCGAGAUUGGAUAUCGGCAACCCACCGCAGCCGAAUUAUGUUCAACUGGAUACGGGCUCCUUUGAAUUAUGGGUGAAUCCUGACUGUUCAACUUUGGAGGCGACAUCCGAUAUUCGGUUCUGUCAAGCGGUUGGGUCCUACAACCCAUCCUCCUCAUCGUCUUCUGUUGUCUCAACGUCGACGAAAACCUUGAGAUAUGGUAUCGGCAGUGCCAACAUUCAGUACGUCACUGACGAUAUCACAUUUGCCGGCUCAAAUUCGCAACUCAAAAGUGUGCAGUUUGGUGCAGCUACUACUACAGUAGAUGAAUUCUCGGGGAUUCUAGGAAUUGGACAUGGUGAAAAUGUUACAAUUCGUUACAAGAACUUUGUGGACGAAUUGCAGGACCAGGGAGUCACUGACACCAAGGCAUUCAGCCUCGCUCUUGGUAGUAAGAGCGAACAGGAGGGCGUGGUUAUUUUUGGAGGUAUCGACACGGGCAAGUUUGCUGGUACACUACAGUCGCAGCCCAUUAUACCCGCAGCGAAAUCUCCAGAUGGCGUGCCCCGUUAUUGGAUCGCGAUGGACCACAUGAGCCUCACGCCGCCCAGUGGAAACGUGAAGAAGUACGACAACUCAACCAUGGCUGUCUUCCUCGACAGUGGCGCAACUCUGACGCUACUUCCUCAGGCCCUCGCCGAUGCGGUAGCUGCAGACUUCGGCUCUGAUGGCACCGAUUCCAAUGGAUUCUACUUGGUUGAUUGCUCACUGAACAAUCUUCCGGGUACCGUGGACUUCGCGUUUCCCGGCAUCACAAUUCAGGUGCCGUAUAACGAGAUGAUCCGGGAGCUCCGCACCAGCUUUGGAACGCAGUGCUACCUCGGCAUUACCCCGAACUCGGAUUUCGUCCUGCUCGGCGACACGAUGCUGCGGUCUGCGUACGCCGUCUUCGACCAGACCAACGACGCCAUCCACCUUGCGCAGUAUGUCAACUGCGGAACCAACGAAGUGGAGAUCACCACGUCCAUGAACAUGAGCCAGAUAACUGGACAGUGCGAUCCGCCCAACUUUAGAAACUCGGCCUCGUCUACGGGAUCAGGCACGCUGCCUACAGGCACCGCCACGGGCACUGGAGCAGCCGCUGGCAGUACUGGCACCGGCAAUGCGGCGCCCUCGCUAUACACUGCCUCAACUGUUUGGAUUCCCGUCUGGGUUGGUGCAUUCUUUGCGAUAGGAUUGGCUGGAAUACUUUAA